AACAAAAAAAAAAGAAAAAAAAAAAGAAAAAAAAGGAGGAGGAGGAGGGUGAGAGAGAAGCUGGGAGAGCAGAGAAAAGGGGCCACCGGUCGCCCCCCCGCUUGCCCGCACGCGCUCUCCAGCCGCGGCUGCCCGCCUGCCGCGGUCACCCCGGCCUCUGCCUCUGUCCCCCAGUGAUCGGAUCAAGGCGCUGAGAGAGGCCCUGCCUGCAGGGCGGCCAUGCGGCGGUGACAGGAGCGCGGCCGACAAGCACGGGCCCCUCGCCCCCUCGCCUCCCGCCCGCUCGCCAGCUCCCCUCCGCCGAGGCUGCUCCGCGGCGGCCGUAGCGCGCGCGCGGCCCACACUCGCCUCCCCUCGGCACCCCCGUCCCCGGCGCUGCCUGGAGGCGGCCGCACUCGGGGAUCAUGGCCCAAGUUGCAAUGUCCACCCUGCCCGUUGAAGAUGAGGAGUCCUCGGAGAGCAGGAUGGUGGUGACAUUCCUCAUGUCAGCUCUCGAGUCCAUGUGUAAAGAACUGGCCAAGUCCAAAGCCGAAGUGGCUUGCAUCGCAGUGUAUGAAACAGACGUGUUUGUCGUCGGAACCGAGAGAGGACGUGCUUUUGUCAAUACCAGAAAGGAUUUUCAAAAAGAUUUUGUAAAAUAUUGUGUUGAAGAAGAAGAAAAGGCUGCAGAGAUGCAUAAGAUGAAAUCUACAACCCAGGCGAAUCGGAUGAGUGUAGACGCGGUAGAAAUCGAAACACUCAGAAAAACAGUUGAGGACUAUUUCUGCUUUUGCUACGGGAAAGCUUUAGGCAAAUCCACAGUGGUACCUGUUCCGUAUGAGAAGAUGUUACGAGACCAGUCGGCUGUGGUGGUGCAGGGGCUUCCGGAAGGCGUUGCCUUUAAACACCCCGAGAACUAUGAUCUUGCAACCCUGAAAUGGAUUUUGGAGAACAAAGCAGGGAUUUCAUUCAUCAUUAAGAGACCUUUCUUAGAGCCAAAGAAGCAUCUAGGUGGUCGUGUGAUGGUAACAGAUGCUGACAGAUCAAUACUAUCUCCAGGUGGAAGUUGUGGCCCCAUCAAAGUGAAAACUGAACCCACAGAAGAUUCUGGCAUUUCCCUGGAAAUGGCAGCUGUGACGGUAAAGGAAGAAUCAGAAGAUCCUGAUUAUUAUCAAUAUAACAUUCAAGCAGGCCCUUCUGAAACCGAUGAUGUUGAUGAAAAACACCCUGUAUCGAAGCCUUUGCAAGGAAGUCAUCAUUCUUCAGAGGGCAACGAAGGCACAGAAAUGGAAGUACCAGCAGAAGAUUCUACUCAACAUGUCCCUUCAGAAACAAGUGAGGACCCUGAAGUUGAGGUGACUAUUGAAGAUGAUGAUUAUUCUCCACCUUCUAAGAGACCAAAGACCAACGAGCUACCACAGCCACCAGUUCCAGAACCCGCCAAUGCAGGAAAGCGGAAAGUCAGGGAGUUCAAUUUCGAGAAAUGGAAUGCCCGCAUCACUGAUCUGCGUAAACAAGUUGAAGAAUUGUUUGAAAGGAAAUAUGCUCAAGCCAUAAAAGCCAAAGGCCCGGUGACGAUCCCAUACCCUCUUUUCCAGUCUCAUGUUGAAGACCUUUACGUAGAAGGACUUCCUGAAGGAAUUCCUUUUAGAAGGCCGUCUACUUACGGAAUUCCUCGCCUUGAGAGGAUAUUACUUGCAAAGGAAAGGAUUCGUUUUGUGAUUAAGAAACACGAGCUUCUGAAUUCAACACGUGAAGAUUUACAGCUUGAUAAACCAGCUUCAGGAGUAAAGGAAGAAUGGUAUGCCAGAAUCACUAAAUUAAGAAAGAUGGUGGAUCAGCUUUUCUGCAAAAAAUUUGCGGAAGCCUUGGGGAGCACCGAAGCCAAGGCUGUUCCUUACCAAAAAUUUGAGGCACACCCGAAUGAUCUGUACGUGGAAGGACUACCAGAAAACAUUCCUUUCCGAAGCCCCUCGUGGUAUGGAAUCCCAAGGCUGGAAAAAAUCAUUCAAGUGGGCAAUCGCAUUAAAUUUGUUAUUAAAAGACCAGAACUUCUGACUCACAGUACCACUGAAGUUACUCAGCCACGAACAAACACGCCAGUCAAAGAAGACUGGAAUGUCAGAAUUACCAAGUUACGGAAGCAGGUGGAAGAGAUUUUUAAUCUGAAAUUUGCUCAAGCUCUGGGACUCACCGAGGCAGUGAAAGUACCAUAUCCUGUGUUUGAAUCGAACCCUGAGUUCCUGUAUGUAGAAGGCUUGCCAGAGGGCAUCCCCUUUCGAAGCCCUACCUGGUUCGGAAUUCCACGACUUGAAAGGAUUGUGCGUGGGAGUAACAAAAUCAAGUUCGUUGUGAAAAAACCUGAACUAGUUAUUUCCUACUUGCCUCCUGGAAUGGCUAGUAAAAUAAACACUAAAGCUUUGCAGUCCCCAAAAAGACCACGAAGUCCUGGGAGUAAUUCAAAGGUUCCUGAAAUUGAGGUCACUGUGGAAGGCCCUAAUAACAACAAUCCUCAAACCUCAGCUGUUCGAACCCCUACCCAGACUAACGGUUCUAACGUACCCUUCAAGCCGCGAGGCAGAGAGUUUUCCUUUGAGGCCUGGAAUGCCAAAAUCACGGACCUAAAACAGAAAGUUGAAAAUCUCUUCAAUGAGAAAUGCGGGGAAGCUCUUGGCCUUAAGCAAGCUGUGAAGGUGCCAUUCGCAUUGUUUGAGUCUUUCCCAGAAGACUUUUAUGUGGAAGGCUUACCUGAGGGUGUCCCGUUCCGAAGACCAUCUACUUUUGGCAUUCCAAGGCUGGAGAAGAUACUCAGAAAUAAAGCCAAAAUUAAGUUCAUCAUUAAAAAGCCCGAAAUGUUUGAGACGGCGAUUAAGGAGAGCACUUCCUCUAAGAGUCCUCCCAGAAAAAUAAAUUCAUCACCCAAUGUUAAUACUACUGCAUCGGGUGUUGAAGACCUUAACAUCAUUCAGGUGACAAUUCCAGAUGAUGAUAAUGAAAGACUCUCGAAAGUGGAAAAAGCCAGACAGCUAAGAGAACAGGUGAAUGAUCUCUUCAGUCGGAAAUUUGGUGAAGCUAUUGGUAUGGGUUUUCCUGUGAAAGUCCCCUACAGGAAAAUCACAAUUAACCCUGGCUGUGUGGUGGUUGAUGGUAUGCCCCCUGGGGUGUCCUUCAAAGCCCCCAGCUACCUGGAAAUCAGCUCCAUGAGAAGGAUCUUAGAUUCUGCCGAGUUUAUCAAAUUCACGGUCAUUAGACCAUUUCCAGGACUUGUGAUUAAUAACCAGCUGGUUGAUCAGAGUGAGUCAGAAGCCCCCGUGAUACAAGAAUCAUCUGAACCAAGCCAGUUGGAAGUUCCAGCCACAGAAGAAAUAAAAGAGACCGAUGGAAGCUCUCAGAUCAAGCAAGAACCAGACCCCACGUGGUAGACCUCUUCCCUCCUAGGCUUAAAGUAUCAGUGGUUGAGAAGAGCUUUUCGGACCUGUUACUACCCCAAGCUGUGUAAUAUACUUGUAUAACAGAAAUACCUUCUAUACAAACCUUUUUUUCUACUUUUAGAUAGAAAUGUCUACUUUUUCAGCAGUUCUGUGAAUUGAAUUAAAGAGCAGAGUGACUGUGGGUCUGGAAUGCCUGGUGUAACUGGGGAAUGUAUUAUCAGGAUUUUACAGCAAUGCUGGAAAAACGACAGGGAAAUGUCAGGGAUGAAUCCCACCAGAUUUUUUAUGUACUCAGCAGAGCCUUCAGUUACGGUGUUUAUUUUCCAAUCAAGUGGAGAUACCCCCUCCUGGAACAUCUCAGCUUCUGCAGUGAAGAGCAAUUCCUGUGGUAGUUCAGUUCUUUUGUUUUUCUAUUUGAAAAAAAUCAUUUAAAUGAUCCUUUGUUCACGGCUCUCCUUAAUGACUGAGUGAACAAUUCGUAUCUGUAUAUUUGACUAAACCUUUUCCUAAGCUAUCUCUCAUGGUUCCUAUGGGUUUUUUUUGUUUUUGUUUUUGUUUUUGUUUUGUUUUUUUAUCAUAAUUAAAAGCAAAACCGUCUGGAUCACCUAACAGUCAGAGGUCAGUAUCUCAGCGUGUGAAUUAUAGAUUAAAUACAGAGAGAAACUCUUCCACUUUUACUUUUCGUCCAAAUAAAAUGCAUGGUGUACCAGAAGUUGAAGACCGGGGUGAGGAUCGGGGCUCGCUCGACACCACUCAGGCGGCCUCACCAUCGCGGGACCUGCUGCAGCGCGGAUUCGCAGGAAGGCUGUUCUGGCCCGGGGUCCAGGGCUCGCCGGGCCGGCGGAUUUCCUAAUGCUUCUUGUAACCCUGAGGUGGCGGUGCGGGGAGGGAGGAGGGGCCGGGGGCUCUGGACGCAACCUCUGACGUGCUGCGCCUUCCUAGGAGAGUCUUAACAUGGGUUGAGAUUUCACAAACGGUGCAAGUUGUAAAAUACCAGCUCUCCAAGAAGCUAGGCUAUGUGACGGCAUAGUUUUUCAGUAGCUUUAUCACAAUAUUCACAAUGGAGAAUUAUAUGACAUGGUAGCAGAAAUAGGCAUUUUUAUGUGUUGCUUCUAUUUUACCUCAAAUUGUAGAUAUAGGGUAAUCAAUAAAAUCCAUCCAUGCCUUUCACACACUAA